AUAAGCACUUAAAGCAUCUAUUGUAAAAAUAGUGAAAAGCAUUUUUUUCAGACAUUCAAAUCAACUUUUUUUUUUAUUGACUCGGUAAUCUGAAAUUUAGUGAACAAAUUGGAUAUUGGAUAAAGGGCUACCUGAAGAGCAUGGCUUCGAUUAUGAGAAAUCAAAAACAAUUUAAAGAGUGUUGACGAUGUUGAAUAAUAAAAGAGCAUCUGCUGUACUUCUUUCUACAAUAUUUAUUGUUUCAAUGAUAUUAAAUACGAUAGCCUGUUAUAUUAUUGUUUAUAAAGUAAAGAGAAAAAAACUAACACAUUGGGUUGUUAUUAGCAUAUCAAUUGCAAAUUUGUUGGAAACAAUAAUUGGAUUAUUACCUGAAAUAGUAAUGUCAGAUAAACCUUUAUUGAAAAAAACUCCAUUGUGCGUUACUGGCAGUUAUGCAGUUUUUGGUCUAGCAAUAACAAGUAUAACUCAUUUGUUAGUACUUUCUUUAAUUAGAACAGCUGCCAUUAAAUAUCCUAUUUUCUGGCGACAUUUUUAUUUAAAAAUUUCUAGCACAGUAUGGUGUAAAGCAACAUUGAUAAUAUUUUGCUAUAGUUACGGUUUUAGCUGGGCAACAUUUCCUGUACUUGGUUGGUCAAAAUAUGAAAUAGAUCUCAAUAAGAAACAUUGUUCAUUGGACUGGAAACUAACGCAAUCAAACUCACUAUCCUAUAUUUUAACAAUACUCAUUUUUUGUAGUAUUUUUCCAGGAUUAGUUAUAACAUGCGCAUCAUAUAUUUGCAAAAAAGCAAUUACUCUGCAAAAAACAAGUUAUAUUCGAAAUAAAAACUCCAGACCUAUGUAUACUUUGAAAAAAGAACAUUUGAAAGUAUGUUUCUUAUCAGCAUUAUUAUUUUUUGUAACUUGGACACCGUACACUGUUGUUGGAGUCUUGACACUGUUUCGUAUUAUUAUUCCGACGGAGUUGGUCACAAUUGCUUCUUUAUUUUCGAAACUUUCUACAAUUUCUAAUGUUCUUAUUAAUUGUUUUAUUAACAAAUCUUUCAGAAAACAUCUUCUUAACUUGAGAUUAGUUCGACUUGUUAUAAACAAAUGAAUAUUAUGGAUUGGCCAGUUUUUAUAUUUUAUAGUAGAUCUAAUACAUAGUUGAAAAAAUGUAUAUGUUUGGUGGA